CGCAAAAACGCGCACACCAAACAGGCAGAAAAAACACUCUUCAACUUUUACGCAAUCGAUGCAGAAAAAAGAAUCAAUGAAUCAAAAGAUUUUUUUUGCAUUCUUAAACGCGUAAAAUUGAACUAACUGCCUUUAUAUUCAUCAAAGAAGAGAACACUUUCUUAAUAAUUACAGCUAAUAAGCAAAAGGCCUAAAAUGUCUAAUUACGGAAAUUUUGGGCCCUUAAUCGGUGUCAUCAACAUUAGCAAUACGCACUGUAAAUUUAUGAUCUAUUCCACAAAAAAUGCUGAAGUUUUGACCUCACAUGAAUUGAAAUUAAAACAAAUUGUCCAUAAUGCCGGCUGGUGUGAAUACGAUCCAAAUGAAAUAUGGAAACAUACAGUGGAGUGUAUAGACGUGGCUUAUAAAAAUCUUGUAAUAUUAGAAAUCAGCCCUCAUGACAUCAUCGCUGUGGGAAUUUGCAAUAUGCGAGGCACCACAGUCUUGUGGGACAGAGAGACAGGUUCAGCUUUACACAAUGCUAUUGGUUGGACAGACAGUCGUUGUACAUCGUUAUUGAAAACAUUGCUUAAUAAUUUUAAACGCAAUGUAAAUUACUUGAGAUCUGUGACAGGUUUGCCGCUGAGCACGUGUUUUAGUGCUCUGAAAAUAAAAUGGUUAAUGGAAAAUAACGCGACUGUUCAGGAAUCUCUAGAAAGGGACACAUUAUGUUUUGGUACUAUUGACUCAUGGUUAUUAUGGAAUUUUACUGGCUCGGAAAUUUGUGGUGUUCAUGCCACCGAUAUAACAAAUGCUCAAUAUACGGGUUUAAUGAAUGUCAACACAUUACAGUGGGAUAAAAAUAUUUGCAAGUUUUACAAAAUUCCCAUGAAUAUACUGCCAAGAAUACGUUCCAAUUCCGAAAUAUAUGGUUACAUUAUCGAAGGACCUUUAAACAACAUACCCAUAGCCAGUUGUAUAGGCGAUCAGCCGUCCGCGUUGCUGGGUCAACUUUCAUUGAAGGCUGGUCAAAAUGUGUGUUCAAUAGAUGAUAGCUGCUUUGUUCUACUAAACACUGGCCAAGAAUAUGUCGAAUCUGAUAAUGGUUUAUUAUCGCUGGUUUCAUUUAAGUUGGGUCCACAGGCAAAAACUAAUUUUGCUCUAGAGGGUGCCAUCAGUAAUGCUGGUUCCACGGUAAACUGGCUAAAAGAUGGUUUACGCAUUAAUACUGAAAUCAACUCUAACGAUAAUGUGGUUGAAGUAUUAAAUACAUUUUUAGGUGAAAGUUCAAUGAUUUCAUCGUCGUGUUCAUCGAGUAUGUUGAACGCCGAAUGUGGUGUGGCCGCAAAAAGAUCGGAAAUAACAUUUGUACCUGCUUUUCAUGGUUUAUACGCACCAUAUUGGCGUUACGAUGCUAGAGGCAUACUCUUAGGUUUAACCAGUCAAACGACUGCAGAAAAUGUUUCACAGGCAGCUUAUGAAGCAACUGGUUUUCAAAUACAUGAAGUGUUGGAAGCUUUCAAACGUGAUACAAAAACUUGGGAUUGGUCAAAUAUGAAAGAACGUCUGGUGUUCUGCGGUGAUUAUGCGGAAAAUUCAAUAUUUGUACAAUAUAUAGCCGAUAUUGUGGGCAUCAUACUAGAGAGGCCUCAGACAACAUCACCUAGUGGGCUCGGAGCCAUGAUUGCAGCAGGGAUAACUAUGGAAGUGCUCAAUACAACAUAUGCUCAAAUUGCAUAUAUGCCACCAUCAGAUGUUUUUAGUCCUACUACUACUCCCAACAGACGUUCUCUUCUAUAUAAACGUUGGGAGUACGCUGUGAGAAAAUGUUUAAGCUGGGACAAUUAUGAAAGUUUUGAAUCUGAUUUAGCUAUAUUUGCUCAACGCGAACGUGAUGCCAAUCUUCCUUUAAGGCGUUCAUUGCCCGGCAGUAUAUUUUUAACCAGUGCAUUUGUAUUCCUAAUUGUAGCCAACUUUUUACAAACUCAAAAACUAACUUAAACAAAUGAAACUAUUGUAAUUAGUUAAAGACCAGGCAUUUUGUUAUAUAUCUAGUUUAAGCUUCUAACGUACAAACAAGUGUUAAAGAUAAAGUUAAACAUUUAAUGCUACUUUAAUUUUAACAUUGAUUAGGUUAUAUUUUUAUUUUUAUGAUUUUUUUCCUUUUGUACCUCAUUUUUAUUAAGGAUUUUUCUUAACAUUCUCUUUUUAUAUAUUAUUAAAUUAUUCUACUAGUCAUGUGUUGAAACGUAAUUUAUUUUAUUUAUAAACAAAACACAACUAUAAAAGAAACAACUUGGCGGCAAUUAAAUAUUUUCAUAGUUUUGUAUGUAAUUGAAAUUUUAAAAAGAAAGUUCCUUUCAUUUUUGUUGAUACUCCUUAAAUUACAAGUACGAUUGCUUUUAAUGUUACUACUUUAUAUUUAUUAUUUAGUCUUAACGCCACAAAUGUUAUGUAUGUAAAAACAUCAAAAAAAAAAGACAGCAAUUUUAAGAAGGAUUUAAAUGAAAAUAUGAAAAAAAAAACAUUUGUAUAUUAUUAUUAGGCUUUAUUUUAAAUUAUUCCAAUUGAUAUCAAAUUGUACAAGAGUUAUAAAAUAUGAAAAGCCAGUGGCUGCUGUUAAAUAUGUUAAAUGGCGAUCCAAAUAAAAUAAACCGCAAAUCCGAAAA